AUGGUCCAACAAAACGCCCACAAAACCUGCACCGACUGGUCCUCGACCCGGCUCUACGACCCUCUUCCCACCCUCCUUCUCAAAUCCUACCCCACGCUCUCCCCCUCCCGCUCCACAACCCCAAGCAGCAUGGCCUCCUCCACGACCCUAACCCCAACCCCAUCCACCACCCCCCCGCAACCAAAGUCCUUCCUCACCGACCUCGCCGCCAUCUCCGCCUCCCCCCCAGCCCUCCCCUCCCCCUCCCCCUCCCCACCAUCUUCCUACAACCCCCCGCGCGGCGGCAGCAGCGGCAUCGGCGGCGGCAGCCUCCACCCACCCUCAUCAUCCUCAUCCUUCGACCCACCACCACCGCCACGGCAGCCAACCACCGCCACCACCACCACCACCCUCCACACCAUCACCUCCCUCGAAGCUCUCCACGCCGCCGCCUCGCCCUCCUCACCCUCCUCGGGCUCUUCCCCUGCCGCCCCUCCCCCCUUCUUCACCCACCUCCCCUGCCCGCACCCGCACCCGCGGUGCCCCGACCCCACCUGCCGCGACCCGACCUGCGCGCCUCCAACGCCUCCAACGACAACGUCCCCACCCCCACCACCGCCCCUCCACACCGACGCCAUCCUCGUCUCCAUCCACGGCGCGUACUCGCACCACCACGCGCACCACCGGCCCUUCGCCGCCGCCGCCGUCUUCUUCGCGCCGGCGUCGCCGCUGAACAGGGUCGUGAGGCUGGAUGAGGAGUAUCCGGGGGUGGGGGUCGGAGGGGCAGGAGAAGUAGGAGGAGAAUAUGCAGGUGGGAAAGGAGGGGGAGGGGGAGGGGGAAGAGAAGAAGGGAUGGAGCCGGCGGGGCACGUGGACGGGGGCAGCAGUUUCGGGGAGGUGACGAGGCAGCGGGUGGAGCUGUUGGCGGGGAUACGGGCGUUGGAGAGGGUGGCGGAUGUGGUGAGGGCGUUGGAGGAGGGGGCGAGGGCGAGGAGGGGGGAGAGGAGGGCGAGGAAGAAGGAGGGGGGAGUGGCGACUUCGAUGGGGGCGCCGGGGAGUAGGGAUUGGUAUGUUGCUGGGGUUGAGAAGAAGACGGGUUGGAGUGGUGGUGGUGGCGUUGUGGGGCUGGGGCUGGGGGAUGAUGAGGGAGACGAGGGGGAGGAUGAGGAGGACGAGGAGGAUGAAGACGAGGACGGCGCGCUCUCGCAAGUCGUGAUCAAGACGCAUUCGAAGUAUCUGGUGCGCGCUGGGGUGGAAGGGUUGGACAAGUGGAAGGCGAACGGGUGGAUGAACAGUAAAGGGAGGGUGGUGGCGAAUGUGGAUUUGCUGUGGUAUCUGGACAGGCGCAUCACAUGGCUGGAAUGGGUCGGCGUUGAGGUCAUGUUUUUGUUGGUCGGCAAGGAGGACAAUGAGGGCGCCAUCAAGCUGGUGGGAAAGACAUUGGAUUGA